AUGAUUAACUUUGGCUUUGGGGUUCAAUGGGUCUCUUGGAUGAAAGCUUGUGUGACUACAUCAAGAAUCUCCAUUUUAGUAAAUGGAUCUCCUACUGAGGAGUUCUCACCCCAACGAGGUCUUCGGCAGGGUGACCUACUCUCCCCUCUUUUGUUUAACAUAAUGGCUGAAGGGCUUAACAUUCUCCUAACUAGAGCACUUAACCUUGGCAUCCUUAAAGGUGUGCUAGUUGGAGCUAAUAAUGUUCGUGUUUCACAUUUGCAAUUUGCUGAUGAUUCAAUUCUCUUUUGUGAAGCUCACUGGGAUCAAUUAGUGAAAUCUACAUGGAAGCCUGUCCUUGAUAACAUCAAAUCUAAACUGUCAGGGUGGAAGAGAAAGUUAUUAUCAUUUGCAGGCAGACUAACCUUGAUUAAGUCUACACUUUCAAGCUUACCGGUCUACUUCCUUUCCCUGUUUAAAAUGCUUGAAGGUGUGGCUAGAGAGCUGGAAAAGAUUAAGGCUGCAUUCCUGUGGGGUGGCAAUAAUCUUAAAAGGAAAGUACAUUUGGUAAAGUGGGUGGAGGCUACAAAAAGUAUUGACCAAGGGGGUCUGGGCAUCAGAAAAAUCAGAGAUGUAAAUUCUUGUUUACUACUUAAAUGGUGGUGGAAAUUUGGGACCCAAAUCAAUGCUCUUUGGAGGAGAGUAAUUUGCAGCAAAUACAAGAUUAUUGAGGACUGUUGGCAUCCUCCUGUAAGGCCCUCUUAUAAGCACUCUAGAAUAUGGAGUGACAUCUUAUCCAUUAGGGCCUCCAGCAACUCCAUCUUUAAUUUCUUUUUGGCCAAUUGUCUAAUUAAAGUAGGGAAUAGGAAUAGAAUUAAGUUUUGGACUGAUAGAUGGUGUGGUGAUAUUUGCCUGAAAUCUGAUUUUCCAAUUCUCUUUAACCUCUCAACUGAUAAAGAAGGCUCUCUCCACCACUUCUUUGCCAGGAAAACCAGCUCAUGUGUCUGGAACUUUCCGCAUAUAAGAGAAUUGUAUGAUUGGGAAUUGAUUGAAGAAGCUAAUCUGAUUGCAGUUUUAUCCUCUGCUCCUCCUUUAUGUAAUGAAAAUGCAGAUUACCUGAUAUGGUCUAAUGAUGCUACUGCCCAUAAUUAG